CGGAAGCUCCUUGCGGUUGCAGGACCCCUAGUGCACGCUGAAAUGUUGACACUGCGUUGCUUGAAUCUUUAUUUCUAAAUGGAUAUUUAAAUGUACAGCAUUGUCAGCAUUCUCCUCACUUUAAUCAAAAAGUCAUUUAUUUCACAUGAACAAUGACUGAAGUUAAAGUAAAAAAAGAGUCAACAGAUCCGGUUGAUAUCGAGAACAGGAUAAAAGAGCUUUGUCAGCAGUUUCCACAUGGGAUCACUGACCAGGUCAUUCAGAAUGACAUGCCACACGUGGAGGCGAAGCAGCGAGCCUCUGCCAUCAACAGACUGCUGUCUGUGGGGCAGUUAGACCUUCUCAGAAGCACCAAUGGCCUGUUAUACAGACUCAAAGAUGGACAAUCUGCCAGCAAAGUAAAAGGCUCUGAUAAUCAAGAAAAAUUAGUUUACCAGAUCAUAGAGGAUGCUGGGAAUAAAGGAAUCUGGAGCCGAGACAUAAGGUAUAAGAGUAACCUCCCCCUGACAGAAAUCAACAAAAUCCUUAAGAAUCUUGAGAGUAAGAAACUCAUCAAAGCAGUAAAAUCUGUUGCGGCCUCUAAAAAGAAGGUGUACAUGCUGUAUAACCUGCAGCCCGACCGCUCUGUAACAGGAGGGGCAUGGUACAGCGAUCAGGAUUUUGAGUCGGAGUUUGUGGAGGUGCUGAACCAGCAGUGCUUCAAAUUCCUGCAGAGUAAGGCAGAAGCAGCAAAAGACAGUAAGCAGAGCCCCAUGGUGCAGAGAAACAGCUCAUUUGCUACAUCUCAUGAAGUCUGGAAGUACAUCUGUGAGCUUGGCAUCAGCAAAGUGGAUCUGUCCAUGGAGGACAUUGAGACCAUCUUAAACACACUGAUCUUUGAUGGGAAGGUGGAAAUGACUAUAAUCGCUGCUAAGGAGGGGACAGUAGGAUGCGUCGAUGGACAGAUGAAACUCUACAGAGGGGUGAACCCCAUCAUUCAACCCACUGGCCUGGUCAAAACGCCAUGUGGACUGUGUCCGGUGUUCAAUGACUGCCAUGAAGGGGGCGAGAUCUCUCCAUCUAACUGCGUUUACAUGGCUGAGUGGCUGGACUUCUGAUCCGCCAAUCGGAUGUCUGUUUUUCUCUGUGGAGAAAGUGUAAUUUUCAUGCACGAUUCGAUGCAACCGUGUAUAUCUUUUUAUUUAUAUUUAACAAUUAUAGCUUUAAUAACCCAAGCAGAACUACAUUGACUGAACAUGAAGCGGCAUCCAUCUGGUCUUAACUGAUGUUUUGCAUCAUAGAAAGACUGUGAUUUUUCUUUUUUUCCCCACAUAGAUUAUUUUGUCUGACCUUUACAUCUAUCCAUGAAUAAAAAGUUCAUUUUUGUUGA